AUGCUGUCCCAGACUCUUGGACUCGCUGUCCUCGCCUUGCCUCUGUUGGCAGAAGCGAAGGAUUGCUCACAGGCAGCUUUCCAGAAGAUCAUUCCCUCCAACUCGACUUUCAACUAUGUUACCAAAGUCGCUGAGGGCGGGUCAUUCACAGACGCAUAUGCCAAUGCCAAUGCCACUGGUCUGCCUGAGGGAUGUGCAGUGAGCGUCAAGGUCCCUACGCCGGGUAACUCGUCAUACAACAUGGCCAUUUACAUGCCCAACAAGUGGAAUUCUAGGAUUAUCACGACCGGAAAUGGUGGAUACGGUGGCUUCACGAAUUGGCAGGACCUCGGAGUGUACUCCCAUUACGGAUUCUCAGCCAUCACCACCGACACUGGUCAUGACAACCCGAACCCUCUGGAUUCGACCUUUGCCCUUAACAAAGGUUCGCUCGAGAACUGGGGCUGGCGCGCUAUGCACGGUUCGAUCCUCGUCGGUAAAGCACUUUCUGCUGCAUACUAUGGCCAGAACCACAAGUAUUCAUAUUAUUCUGGAUGCUCGACAGGCGGACGCCAAGGCCUGAGAGAGAUGCAACUCAAUCCUGAAGCCUUUGAUGGUCUCUUUGUUGGAGCGCCUGCAUGGUGGAUCCCUCAUCUCGGCAUCUACACGUCCCAGGUUACACUGGGCAACCUGCCUCAGAAUUCUUCUCACCACAUUUCUGCUGCACUGCAAAAUGUCAUCAACGAUGAAAUCCUCAAGCAGUGUGAUCCUCAAGAUGGUGUAACUGACAAGGUCAUCAUGAACCCCGAGGGCUGUGUAUUCAACCCUCUGACUCUGCUCUGCGAGGGAGCUGCAGCAAACACCUCUGCUUGCAUUACUCGUCCUCAGCUUGACACUCUGUACAAGGCUCUGCACGACUGGACUUACUUCGAUGGUACUCUGAUCUUCCCCGCCCCGUCAUUGGGUACACCGCUGGUCGCCUACGUUGGCGACUCUCCCGAUCCCAACCCUAUGGGCACCGGAAUGAUCGAGCACCUUUUGCUCAACACCACCCAGCCCUACGACUGGAGCACCUUCAACGAGAGUGUAGUCCGUCUUGCUGAAGCCAUUGAUCCCGGUAAUGCCAGUCCAGAUGACUUCGAUAUCUCGGCAUUCCAGAAGAGAGGCGGCAAGGUGAUUCACUGGCACGGUCAAGCCGAUCCCAUCAUCCCCUUCCGAUCCAGCACGUACUUCUACGAGCAGACCGCCUCUUCCGUUGCUCCUCACGACAUUGAGAUGGACGACUUUUACCGAUUCUUCCCCAUCGCUGGUAUGAGCCAUUGUUCAGGAAGUCAAUACUCUCCCUGGUACAUUGGUGGCGCCAGUCAAGUCGUGACCAAUGUCAGCCAUGGCGUGCCUGGAUUUGAUGAUUCGCAGCACAAUGGUCUUCUUGCAUUGAUGCGCUGGGUUGAGAAUGGCACUGCUCCGGAGAAAUUGGUUGCGACCAAGUACAACGACGAUAACCCUGCCAAGGGUGUCUAUGGCCAGAGACCUCUCUGUCCUUACCCCAAGCAGCCCGUCUAUACCCAUGGAAAGGUGGAUUCUGCAAACAGCUGGAAGUGCUCGUAA